CGUGUCUCCUGAUGGCAGAGUUUAAGACAAAUAUGGACAGGCACCUAGAGGGCACCUUUAGGGUCUUCCAGGUAAAGUUAACAAUUAACCAGGAGAGCCGGGAAUAACUUGGUGUUUUCAGAGUUGGAGUCAUAUGUUAUCAGACCAGGUUUAAAUGCUGCACAGAUGGGAUAUUUUAAAGCUUCCUCUAAUGGGAUCUGAUCUGAGCAGCCUGAACAAGUCCAGAAGUAUUUCCCACCCUCGGCCUGCACUGCUGUAUACGAGCUCAGGGGAGACAGAUGAUGAAGAGGAGGACAGAGGAAGGGGAGGAGAUUGAGAUGGCCGGCUUGUGAAAAGGUAGUGUGGAGCAAUUAGAGGCAAGUGUGUGUUUCUGCAGCCUGGAGCUGGGAUCUGGAGUGAAAACUGAAACUGCAACUACAUGUGUGUGUGGGGGUGUGUGUGUGUGCGUGUGCUUCAAGACAAGUCAGCAUUUGAAGACUGAACAAACUCCCGCUCUAUUCGCUUUGUAAUUGAUGAAAAUCAGUCUUUUUCUUUGUUUCGUCUCUGGACCAAUUUUAUUCAUCAGCGACUCCAGCGGCGGAGAAGAACCUGCAGGAUUACAGACUACAGCACUUGAACUGAAGCUGAGUUUGAGUUUGAUUUUUUUUAAUCACUUUUGUCGGAUUUUCACCGGGAGCCGGCGCCUCCCCUCCUCUCUCCUCCCGUAGACUUCGCGAAAUGAAACUCGGCUUCGUCAUGGAGACGGCGGUGGCGCUUUAUCUGCUGCUCUCACCUGCACAGACUCUGCCACUGGCCAGCAUUAACAGCACCACAGAAGUAUUGAUGUUCCAAGAGGUCUGGAGACGCAGCUUCUGCAGGACCAUUGAGAAGUUGGUGGAGGUGGUGCUGGAGUACCCCACUGAGGUGGAGCACAUUUUCAGCCCCUCCUGUGUGCCUCUGGUCAGGUGUGCAGGCUGCUGUGGGGACGAGAAGAUGGAGUGUCAUCCGACCAGGACCACCAACAUCACCAUGGAGUUGUUGAAAAUCCGACCGUCAGAUCGUGGUCAGGACUACAUCCAGAUGUCGUUUGUGGAGCAUCAGUCAUGUGAAUGUAGGUUAAAGAAGGUUAAACCAGUUGUUGAUGAAAGAAAAAGGCAAAGAGGACGAGGGAGGAAGAGAAAGGAGCGACAGAAAAAUAAAGAAUGCGACAGGUGCCAGAUCCCUCGCAGGUAACUGCAGUGGUGCCCCGACCCCCUGUUGCAGUACGGCUCAUUAUUUAUUUCUCAGCCUGGUUACGGCGUCAUGAGUCCCUUCAGCUCCACUAUUAAUUUUGUGUCUGCAGCCGAUGUCUCAGUACACUGGGUCAGGACAUUGUGCUGUUGGGCAGAGUGUUUGUAACCACAGGAUUGAAUGAGUGUUUUGAAUAGGUGGGAAUACCGUGUUCCCCUGACCUUAAGGAGAUCCCUGGGAGCCAGUGCAAUGUAGAAUGAAACAGACUGAUUCCUUCUCUAUUCCAUUAGUUAUUACUGUAUCAAAUAUUGUCAUUUUUUUCAUUUCAUAAUAUAAAAAUGUUAUAUUUAAAGGUGUAUCCAUUAAGAUUUGUAUUUAUUGAUGCAGGUGUAUUUUCGUGGACCAGAAUCGUGUCAAAAGCUUGUCCUUUUUUGUGUGUGCACACCACCAUAGUAUGUUGGAUUCGUGUGCAGCUGCUUUGUACAUGUUUCAAUGAAAUGUCGCCCUCUAGUGUUUACAGUCACUGUGUUCACGGCUGCCAAAUUCGAGGUCCAAUCGUAGAAGUAAUUAAAGUUGAAAUUUAAAGAUGAAUAACACUUUGACAAUCAGUGAUUAUGUCGUUGAUAAUUCUCCUCAUAUGUUUUUUUUAACUUGACCAAAGUUGGAGAAAAUGUCCUCCAAUUUUUACUUCUUAAAAGAUAAAUAUUAAUACGUAAUUAAUAACAAUUAACUAUCAAUUUUGUAUUAAUAAACAAUGAAAAAUAUAAUGAGCAUUUUAAAAAGGGAAAUGUUGACUCAAAAACAGUUCUGAUUAAAAUGAUUAUAGCCAGUGUUUGUUUAUUAAACAAUGGGCUAAAACUGAGAGCUAUAUAUUUUUUCCUUUUUAUCUGAAAUGUCUGAAAAAAAAAGAAAGAUAUGCAGUCGUCGUCAGUCCCGUUUUGUGUGGACCCUGUGACUCAUGAGCCUGAAGCUCAAGUGUUUGUCUUUGUUGUUGAAAACCCUGGUCGUAAACAAGGAGUCGACUGAAGUGGUUUUGUCAAAUUGCUUCUUUUUUUUUUCUUGUACGAUACAAAGAAAUUCUCUCUGCAAUGUACAAAGUAACAUUUCUUCUAUUUCAGCAUUUAUUAUAUUUGAAUAUUUAUUUUGUAAUUAAAAUAUUAAAUUUAUAACU